AUGGCGCCCGUCGAGGAAAUCUUUGAGCGCGCCUGGGGCUGCCCUUACGGUUACGUCUAUGAUAGCUUCCGCCGCGAAUGUAGGCGUAGCAACUGGUCCUACUGGGGACGCUGGGUCCUGGCCGGCGUCUGCAUUUUCCUCUUCUUCCUCAUCCUGACAUGCCUAUUCUCCUCCCGUCGUCGCCGCCGCCGUGGCGCCACGCCCAUCUACGGCACUGGCUGGAUGGCUCCCAACAACAAGCCUUGGGGUAACAACCAGAACAACCACCAGAUGCACGACUACAACCAGGGCGGCUACCAGGGCGAUUACAACCAGCAGCAGCAGUAUGGAUACGGCCCGCCCCCGCCUCCACCUGCCUACGCCCAGCACCAGCAGCCCCAGUACACAGGCACCACCUUUAACCCCAAUGAUGGAUACUACGGUCAAGGGCAGUACUCUGGUGUUCAGCCUCCUCAGGGCACAUAUCAGCGCGACGACCCAGGCUACACGCCGCCUGCUGGCCCUCCCCCGGGCAAGUAA